AUGAUGGAUUGGAUCAAUGUGUUACCAAAAGCUGGAUACUUACAGGAACAAUUAAAGAAUGUAUUGGCCAAAAUCCUAACGACGGGGCCUGUUCCUAAACAUAUUGGAUUUGUUAUGGAUGGUAAUAGAAGAUUUGCUAGGAAACAUAAAAUUGAAUUAAAAGAAGGUCAUAAUGCAGGUUUUGAAAGUAUGGCUAAAAUUUUAGAAAUUUGUUAUGAAUGUGGUGUAGAAAGUUGUACAGUAUUUGCAUUUUCAAUUGAAAAUUUUAAAAGAAAUAAAUUUGAAGUUGAUUGGCUUAUGGAAUUAGCUAAAUUAAGAUUCUCACAAAUGGUUGAACAAGGUGAAAUAUGUGAACAAUUUGGUAUUAAGAUUAAAGUACUUGGUGAUAAAUCAUUAUUACCAAUUGAAGUUUUAAAAGUAUUAAAUCAAGCUGAAGAAAUUACUAAAAAUAAUAAUAGAGCUAUAUUAAAUGUUUGUUUCCCAUAUACAGCAAGAAAUGAAAUUACAAAUUCAAUUAAAACUAUAAUAUCUAAAAAAACUGAAGUGGAAUUAAUUGAUGAACAAUUAAUUGAAAAUAAUUUAUAUACAAAAAAUCAAGCACCAUUAGAUUUAUUGAUUAGAACAAGUGGUGUUACAAGAUUAAGUGAUUUUUUAUUAUGGCAAGUUGUUGAUAAAAAUGUUGAAAUUGAAUUAGUUGAUACUCUAUGGCCUGAUUUAACUCCAUUACAUAUCAUAUGGAUAUUGAUUAAGUUUAGUUUUAAGAAGAAUUAUUCAAGACAGAGGAAUAAUUAUGAUGAAGAUGUUGGAAGUAAAAAAGUAUUGUAA